UUCUAAAUAUCACUCUGACGAAGCCACGCGUUUGCUCACAACCGAACCAACGCUCCCACCUUCAUUUACAACAUUUCUUCGUAGCCUGUUGCCGUCUCUCUCUAGGGAAAAUGGACAAGCCUUUGCUCGACGGAGAAAGCAGCGGCGGCCGCCGGAGAGGCCAGACACCGGUGUUCCAUCGGAGGUCCGAUGCCAUCGCCUAUGGCUCGCCCUACCAGAAGGCCGCCGCCCUUGUCGAUCUGGCUGAGGAUGGUAUUGGUCUACCAGAGCAAAUGCUUGAUCAGGAAAGCUUUGAAAGUGCAGCAAAGUUCUACUUCAUUUUUAUUCGGUUCAAUUUUCUCUGGUCCCUCAAUCUUUUCGCCUUGAUAGUUCUAAAUUUCCUUGAGAAACCCUUGUGGUGUGCCAAACAAACAACAUACUCUUGCAAUGACAGGGAGUACUACUUUCUUGGGCAGUUGCCGUACUUAACUAGUGUCGAGUCUCUUAUCUAUGAGGGCAUAACACUCGUAAUAAUUUUGUUACAUACGUUCUUUCCAAUAUCAUAUGAAGGAUCCCAGAUAUACUGGAAAAAUCCUCUUAAUAGAUUGAAGGUCAUUUUGCUGUCCAUAUUGGUUGCUGAUUUGUUGGUUUAUGUUCUCUACUUGUCACCACUUGCCUUCUAUUAUCUUCCUUUUAGGCUUGCACCAUAUAUACGGGUCAUUCUUUGCAUUCUAAAUAUCAGGGAAGUACGAGCAACUAUGGUUAUUCUAGCUGGAAUGCUUGGCACAUACCUAAACAUCAUGGCUCUAGGACUAUUGUUUCUUAUGUUCGCAAGUUGGGUAGCAUAUGUCAUGUUUGAAGAUACCCAACAGGGAAAGACAGUGUUUACUUCAUACCUAACUACAUUGUAUCAAAUGUUUAUUUUAUUCACCACAUCCAAUAACCCAGAUGUAUGGAUUCCAGCAUACAAGGUUUCACGUUGGUAUUGCCUGUUUUUUGUUUUAUACAUGCUAUUGGGAGUUUACUUCAUGACCAACUUGAUCCUUGCUGUUAUAUACGACAGCUUCAAAAAUCAGCUUGCAAAACAAGUUGCUGAAAUGGACCGAAUGAGAAGAAGAAUGUUGGAGAAAGCCUUUAAUCUCAUAGAUAAAUCAAAUCUUGGAUUUCUGAAAAAAGAGCAAUGUAUUCACCUAUUUGAAGAAUUGAAUAAAUACAGGUCUUUGCCGAAAAUAUCAAGAGAAGAUUUUGAGUUAAUAUUUGAUGAGCUGGAUGAUAGUAAUGAUUUCAAGAUUAAUUUGGAUGAGUUUUUUGACCUUUGCAAUGCCAUCACUCUCAGUUUCCAGAAGGAGGAUUAUCAAUCUUGGUUUGAAAGAUAUCCAUCAUUUUAUCAUUCACCAGCAUGUGAAAAGUUGAAAGCUUUUGUUCGAAGCUCCAUAUUUGGAAACAUGAUAGCUGUCAUCCUUGUACUGAAUCUAGUUGCUGUUAUUAUUGAAACAACGCUUGAUAUAGAGAACAAUUCUGCUCAGAAGGUUUGGCAGAAGGUAGAGUUUGUCCUUGGGUGGAUAUAUGUCCUGGAAAUGGCUCUAAAAGUUUUUGCAUUUGGAUUUAAGAACUAUUGGAGGGAUGAUUCAAAUCGCUUUGAUUUCUUUAUAACAUGGAUAAUAGUGAUCGGAGAAACUGCAACUUUUGUGGCUCCCAGCAGCCUGAGUUUUCUUUCAAAUGGGGAAUGGAUCCGGUACCUUCUUCUUGCAAGAAUGUUGCGAUUAAUAAGACUCUUGAUGCGCGUCAAACAGUACCGAGCCUUUAUUGCCACUUUCUUAAACCUCAUACCAAGUUUGAUGCCGUACCUCGGGACCAUAUUUUGUGUCCUCUGUAUAUAUUGCUCUCUUGGCGUACAGAUCUUCGGUGGGAUUGUGAACAAUGGGAACUCCAAUUUGGAAGGAACUGAUCUUGAGGAGUCUGACUAUCUACUUUUCAAUUUUAAUGACUACCCAAAUGGGAUGGUGACACUUUUCAAUCUGUUAGUCAUGAACAACUGGCAAGUGUGGAUGCAGAGCUACAAGGAUUUGACAGGAACAUCGUGGACUCUCGUAUACUUUAUCAGCUAUUACCUAUUAACAGUAUUACUGCUUUUGAAUUUGGUUGUAGCGUUUGUUUUGGAGGCUUUCUUUGCUGAAAUGGACCUUGAGAAAUCCGAAAAUUGUGGAGAAAACGGCAAGGAAGUAGGAGAAAAGCAGCGCGGAUAUACCCGUUCAAGAAUACGGAGUCAGAGAGUGGAUAUCCUUCUCCACCACAUGUUGAGUGCAGAGCUGAAUCAAACGGAGUCCUGAUCCAUAGCUUUGCUUAAUUUCCUAUUCAGGCUUUGAGAUCAUUAUAGAACCUAAAAGAGAUAUUGAGAAUCUUCACUUGCUUUAGGAUUGGAAACUGGGAAGUGAAUUGACAAUGUUUGAAGUGAAGGAGCUCCAUUGUUGCUUCGGCAAGUGUGCUGUGUGUGGAUGAUCCAGGUUCGCCUUUCCCCUGUAACAUAAAAUGAGUGAAUUUGAAUGGUGCUCCAUUCCAUGGUCAAACACCUAUUUGAAGGGAAACUUAAACAAAAAAAUAUAUUGGGUGCCUACUUCCCUUUUUCUUGUCUCUCUUGUUGGUGAACCAAACUACUUUCUAUUUAUUCGUGUGUACUUGCUUAAAAAUCUCAUUUGUAAGAUUGAUAGUGGUUUUGCCUGGUUCCUUUACAAGCUUCUCUAUAUAAAGUAGAAUUGGAAAUCA